AAUGUCAGAAAGUAUUUGAUGAUUGAUUUGAUGUUACUUUUUACAUACUUUUUAUCAAAUAUAUUUGCUUUUUAUAUAUUAUAUACUAUUAUCUCCUAGCAAUCUCCAACAUUUAUUGUUUUAAUUAUUUCUAAUAUCUGGAUUCUAGUCAACCAUGGACACUACAGAUAUUAAAUUAAAUUCAAAAAAUCCGGCAGUUAUAGCACAAGUUUUUUCAGAGCUGGUAAAAGGGGCUACAAAAGAAAAUAAUGAAAAAGCCUUUAUUUAUUUAAGAAAUAAAUGUUUGCUCCCAGAUCCACUACUUAAUGAGACUGCUAGGGCAGCUUUAAUAAUGUUAGUCGACAAUGGAACCUACCAGAUUAAUCAGUUAUUACCAGAUUUUAUUCCAAGCUUAUCAACAAUAAAUAAUAUUGCACCAUUAUCAAAAGUAAUAUUACCUUUAUUGUAUAUGGAACUUAAAAUAUUUUCUGAUAAAAAGGAACCUUAUACCAAACCAAAUCUGGUACAACAUCCUUUAGUAAAGAUUUUACAACAAAAUACUCAAUGCAAUAUACAGAUAAUUAUCUUGAAAGAAAUUAUAAAAGGUUACAACAAUAAUAUAAGUUUAGAUUACCUUACAAAAUUUAACCAUCCUUUUUAUUUAUACUGUGUAUGCUGUCCUAUUUUAAAACUAGAUUUACACCUAUUGAGAAGUAAACUAUGGAGUUUAUUGAUAAAUAUUGAUGAAAAUAAUCACACUGACAAUAUUUUCAAAUUAUGUAGUUGGCUACAGGUCCAAAAAAUAGAUGUAGCAGAAAUCACUAGUGUCUUAAUAGAAGAGGUCUUGAAGUCAAAAAUCUAUCUCUCAGAACCAAAUUCAUCUCAUACAGAUUGUUUCAUACUGAUGCAAAUACUCCUUUGUUAUUACUCAACAUUAAAUGGAAGCAACUGUGAAUUAACUUUUAAACAUUUAAAAGAUACCAUCCCAGAUAAUGAAUUUAGCCAUCUCAAUCUCUGUCUAAUAAUAUUGUCAAAAGCAAUACAAUCUUGCCCAUCAUUAUAUCUUACAGAUUUGUUAGAUUUGUGUUUAAGUUUAGUAAAAAAUAAACGAUGUGCCCCAUAUAGCUUUUUUGCUAUAAAAUCGUCUUUGCUUUUGUGGUUAGCUGUUCCGUCACUGUUAACACAAGAUGCUUUACGAAUUGCAAACAAUAUUUUAGGUAUGGAAACUUUUAUAUGCCGCGAAAGACCAAAAAUUCUAGCUUCAAGACUGAACAAUAGUCAAUGUGAUUAUUUUUUCUUCUGCAACCCUGAACUAUUUCUAUCCUUGCAGUUAGGAUUUAAAAUUGAAUGCACUAGAAAUAAGAAAUUCUCUGUGUGGUUGGAUGGUCUGAAUGAAGCUCCUGUAUAUUUUUCAGUCAGAAUUUUUCCUACUCUAUGUGGUUUUUUGCACCUUAAAAAUUUACAUUCUGAAAAUAAAAUCAGGUUGCUAUCCCUUAUCACCAAAUGCUCAACAAUUCACACUGAGUUAGCACCAACAGUCUUAAAUAAUAUCCUUUAUCAUUUAUCAAACACUAAAGAUAAUAAAUUUCAAUUUGAAUUACUAAAAGCGCUGCCCUCAAUGGCAUGUGAAAAAGAAAAUAUUCCUAAAAUAACAGCGACAAUUGAGGCAAUAGUGGGUGAAUCGAUUCCGCUGUCCAGUAUAGCUAGAGAAUUGAUGUAUAUGACUUGGGAGAUAGAUACAAAAUGUUAUUCAAACCUAGAGAAUCUUUUGUUAACAAAAAGGAGAGACGCUUUAAACACAUAUCUAGCUGAAGAUUUAACAUCCAAAGCGUACAUAAUUAAAAAAUUAGCAGAAAAACGUCCAGAGCUCUAUGGAAAGGAUCUUGUACCACACUUAUCUAAAAUUUUAAAUGAGUGCAGUGAAUCUUGGAUGUCAAUUCCAAUGGUUUUAGCAAUUGAAGGCAUAGGACAUUUAUGUAAAGCUGAAAUAAUUGAUAUUGUUAGAACUUGGGAAACUUUGGUACCAAAAUUCAAAAGUGAAACAAGAGUACCAGUAAUCAAAAGCAUUUGUGCACUGAUAAGUGAAAUACCACUAUUAUCUUAUACAGAGUCAUAUGAAAAAUUAAAUGAUGAAGUCAUACAGUUCCUAUGGGCUUACAUAUUAGAAAAUAAUAACACAGAAAUAAUAAAUGCAGCAUUAAAUGCCUUAGCAGUUUUUAAAUUUGAAUUAAUAUGUGCUAAUAUUCCAACUUAUUAUUUGGAGGAAGAAUUACCACAACAAACAUCAUCAAUAUUAGGACAAAGAACUGUAUCAGGCAACACUUGGUUAAAAUUUCUUUUGAUGUGUAAUUCAAGAGAAGGAGCAACCAAUUUUUUCAUCUCAUUAGUUAAAAAUGAAAUAUCAAAUUACUUGAAGUAUAUUUACCAGUUGAAAAGACAAGCCGAACCUGAUAACUUUGGAGGGUUACCUACAAACAGUAUAGUUAAAGUUUUAGGAGAAUAUGUCAAAAACAACACAGCAAAUAUUUCAAAGUGGAUAAAUACAGAGAAAGACAAAUUAUUUAUCGCCUGUUUGAAAAUUUUAAGUCAAGAAUAUAUUAAACCUUUACCACCUCUAAAUUGGUGUUUUUUACAAGAAUUAAUUCACAUACCAGAGUUGAAAGGUUUUUGCAUUGAUAUAGCUUGCCAUCAGGCAAUUCUGUCAGGUUCAGCUAGAAGGCUAGUUGAAAAUUACAUUGAGGCUCUUACAGAAAAAAAUAAUGCAAGUGAACUUGACAAGGAAUUUGUGAUCAUCUACAAAAACUUAAAGUAUAUUGCUAAAAGUAUACAACCUAUAAUUUUAAAGCCAUUUUUUGAAAAAACAUUAUAUUAUACACUGACUGAAUUUAGGGAGGACGCUGUUCUAAAAGAUAUUCUGCAUUAUUUAAUUUAUGUAUUAGAAGAUGAUCAGAUUCAAAAGAGCAAUAAAAAUAGCAUUGAAGAAGUAAUUAGUGAACUUGUAUUUAUUGUGGACGUUAAUGAUUUGACAUUUAGUUUACUGUUAAAUUGUAUUGGCUCUUUCUCAGAAGAAGGUCUUGAGAAGUUAACAAAAUUUAACUUGUCAUUUGAUGAAGCUGAAUUUGUCAAAAAGAUGAAAAUUAGAUGUAAAAUUGCAUGUAAAAAGAAUUCAUUAACACCUAUGAAAUGGAUAAAUGAUAUUUUCAGUUAUGCAUUUAAAAACAAUGUUAGAUUAGAAAUAUAUCUUGAUGAUAUCUCUACAUGUCUAAAGAGCAACAUACUUCAUUCUGAUACUCCAGCCUGGUUGAUGGAACUGUUUGGUCAACUACAAGUCAAAGUGGCGGACAGAUGUGAAUUAACAGAGAUUGAGUACUUUUCUGAUAUUUUAUCCUUAUCUGUUGUUUAUUUUUCUGGUUUAUCCAUCUUACUGCCUAAAUAUGAUUAUACAAGUAUAAAAUAUUUCUUUCCUGCAGCAAUAGCCUUUAUAUUAGAUGAAUUUGCUUGGCAUAUGCAUAGGAAUCAAAUAUUAGAAUGGCUUCAUCAUAUGAAUAUGGCAGAAAACAUUCCUAAAGAGUAUAGAAAUAUAUUUGGCUGGGCUCUAUGUUCCUUAAGACAUCUUGAAGAAUUUUCAAAAAAUUCCAAGUGGAUGAAGUAUUUUGAUUGUAACAUUCAGACUAGUACAAAUAAAGUUUAAUUACA